AUGAGAAGGCGUGGAAAGAAGGUAUUUGCAAGAUUGUGUGGUGGUACCCGUGUUGGUGACGACGACGAGGACGAAGAAGACACCUUUCCUGAGAGCCAAAGGAGGGAUCACAUUGCGGAGUUUGAUUACGAAGGAAGCCAAUACAGCCUCGCCGGUCUUCCGCUUCCCUCGCUCGGCUCCACUUCCCACAGACUCAAGCUCCGUCCUUACAUUGUUUCUCCCUUCAACCACCAUUACAGACUUUGGCAGACAUUUCUGGUGUUCUUGGUGUUCUACAAUGCAUGGGUUUGUCCAUUUGAAUUUGCAUUCCUUAACCAAAAAAUGGUCGCAAUCUUCAUAGCUGACAAUGUUGUCAAUGGAUUCUUUGCUGUUGACAUUGUUCUCACCUUCUUUGUUGCAUACCUAGACAAGACUACCUAUUUGCUAGUUGAUGAUAAAAGCCUAAUUGCUUUGAGAUAUGCCAAAUCAUGGUUGGCUUUAGAUGUCAUCUCCACUAUCCCCUCUGAAGUUGCUCAUAGGUUUUUGCCCGAUGCCCUGAAAAAAUAUGCUUACUUCAACAUGCUUCGCCUUUGGCGUCUUCGCCGAGUCAGUGCCUUGUUUGCAAGAUUAGAGAAGGACAGGCAUUAUAAUUACUUCUGGGUUCGCUGCUCAAAACUGAUCUGUGUUACAUUAUUCGCAGCUCAUUUUGCUGCUUGCAUUUUCCAUUUUAUCACUCUGAAUCGUGAAACCGGACAAACAUGGCUUUCGCUUCUUCCGGAAGUCGAUGAUCAUAGUGUCACAUCUCUCUAUAUAGCAUCAAUUUACUGGUCCAUAGCAACUCUUACAACGGUUGGUUAUGGAGAUCUACAUCCUACGAACACAAGGGAGACUCUUUUUGAUACUUUCUAUAUGCUCUUCAAUCUUGGGCUAACUGCAUAUCUCAUAGGUAACAUGACAAAUUUGGUCGUUCAUGGGACAAGCAGAACUAGGAAAUAUAGAGACACAAUUCAAGCUGUGACAAGUUUUGCCAAACGGAAUAAAUUGCCUGUUCUCAUGCAAGAACAGAUGAUUGCACAUUUGCAUAUGAAGUACAGAACUGAUAUAGAAGGGCUGCAGCAGCAAGAGAUUAUCGAAUUACUCCCGAAAGCUAUUCGUUCUAGCAUCUCUCAUUACCUAUUCUAUGAAAUUUUGGAGGAUAUCUAUUUGUUUAAUGGGGUGUCACAUGAUCUGCUUUUUCAACUGGUCUCAGAGAUGAAGCCCGAGUAUUUUCCUCCAAAGGAAGAUGUGAUUUUGCAGAAUGAAGCACCAACAGACUUCUAUGUAUUGGUCACUGGUGCUGUGGAAGUUAUUCUCAAAGGACAGAAUAGAACUGAACAGGUAGUUGGUGAGAUAAAGGCAGGAGAAUUAGUUGGAGAAGUUGGAGUUUUAUGUUACAGGCCCCAGAUGUUUACAGUUCGGACCAAACGAUUGUGCCAACUUCUGCGCUUGAGCCGGACUACAUUUAUAAAUCUUGCUCACUCCAAUGUUGGAGAUGGGACAAUUAUGAUGAACAAUUUUCUCAAGCAUUUGCAUGAAUCCCAGGCACCAGGAAUGGAUAUUAUUUUCCGAGAGACAGAGGCCAUGCUGGCACGUGGUAAAUUGGAUUUGCCUAUCAGCACAUGCUUUGCAGUAAACCGAAAUGAUGAUAUAUUGUUGCAACGGCUGCUGAAGAAGGGUAUGGAUCCAAAUGAAGGCGACCCAGAUGGAAGGACACCGCUGCAUAUUGCAGCUUCUAAAGGCAAUGAGAAGUGUAUAUCUGUGCUUCUGGAAUAUGAUGCUGAUCCCAACAUCAGAGAUAAGGAAGGAAAUCUUCCACUGUUUGAAGCACUUAUAAGUGGUAACGACUCCAUUGUGAAACUCCUUCUGGAGCAUGGUGCAGUGUUAGAACCUGCCGAUGCAGGCCACCUGGCAUGCAUUGCUGUUGAGAAAAAUAGCAUGGAACUGCUCAAUAGAAUUUGUCAAUAUGGUUGGGAUGUGACACAACCCACACACAAUGGAACCACUGCUCUUCACACUGCAGUGUGUGAAGGAAACCUCCAAAUGACAAAGUUCCUUGUCGAAAAAGGAGCCAACAUUGAUCUGCAAGACGCUACCGGCUGGACUCCAAGGACCUUGGCGGAUCAACAAGACCAUGAUGAAAUCAAAAGUAUGUUUCAGAAGAUUGGAGAGAGCACAGGUCCAAUUCCUGCUGCUAUUCCACCAUCAAAUCGCAAGCACUUGCCUAACCUUGGAAGGUACCAAAGUGAACCAACUAUGCGUAGUAUUCCCCAAACAAACAUUGGACAGUUCCGCUCGCCACGCAAUCCAGAAGAUAUGUUCUUUGACAAUACUAAAAGAAGAAGAAACAACAAUUUUAACAAUUCCAUUUUUGGGAUGAUGUCGGCAGCUAACCAUAAUCAAAGAGAGCGUGAGGCAUCCAAAAAAUUUAACAAUAAUAGGUGGAACAAGGAUGACUUUGUUGGCAGAGUGACAAUAAGUUGUCCUGAAAAGGGUGAACAUGCUGGAAAGCUUGUUAUGCUGCCAAAUACCAUUCAGGAACUGCUAGAUAUUGGAGCUAAAACGUUUGACUUUACUGCUGUCAAAAUUUUGACCAAAGAAGGAGCUGAAGUGGAUGAUAUAAAUCUUAUAAGAGAUGGUGAUCAUCUUAUUAUUGCACAUACAUGA